UUCAAUACAGUAAAGAAUGAUUUCUUAUUUUAUUUGAGAAAAAUUUCGAUAAAUACGUUUUUCUAAUAAUACUGUGCCGUACUUUAAUGUUUUUAUAGAACAAAUUAAAAUAAUGUUAUUAAAAAUAUGCUGCGUUGUAGUGUUUUUACUGCAAACAGAAUGUGUAUUAGGGCAGGAAUAUCACCUCAAAAUUACACAUUUUGGACCUUUAAUUUAUGGAUUUAAUAUAACUUUUUCAGCCGCUCUUUAUCAAGAUAAUAUUGUUCAUGCUGAAAAUGUUUAUUUUGUGUGGUCAGACAAUACUGGUCAUGAAAGCAAGGAAAUAUUUUCGAACACAUCUAUUUCGAAUUGGACUGUUAACUACAAGGAAUCGAGCAGAUAUCAGCCCAUAGAGGUUUCCGUGAAAGCAUAUAAAAAGAUAUUAAUAUUAUAUGAAAUUGCGCGAGCAAAAGUGAAGGUUAAUGUUUCCUCGUUAGCUCAGGGUAAUUUGAUUUUAGAUCAGAAUGGGACAAUCCGAGAUAACGAAUACAUUUCAACCAAAGAAGCAGUUAAUCACACAGUCGUACUUGACGUAGCGACUGAAAAUUACCUAAACGAAAAAGCAACAACAAUAACAACUUAUUGGUUUCAAAAUUGCAAAUAUAUUGGGCAAACAGAAGGAUUGACAUUUAUUGAUAAUUAUACUAUUGAAAAUGAAGAGUAUGACAUCGAAGCUUUGGUUAUUGGAUCUUUCGACAUUUUGCCAGAUCCUACAACUACAACUACGACGACAACAACUACUACCACAACUACAACUACGACCACCACGACAACAACAACCCCUAAACCAAUAAGUGCCACUGAAAAAACUUCUCCACCAUCAAAUAGUUCUCUCGUUGAUUCUGUCCAAAGUUCGUCCAAUACAACUGCUUCCUCAAUAGCAAUCGAGAAUUCUAAAAGACAGAAACGAAAUAUUUUGAGUAGAUCAGAAGCAAAUUCAACUUUAACGGUUGCAAGCGAUUACGACAUAGUAAAGAAUUCGUCUAGAGAAGGAGAACUUUUAAUACAACUUCAAAAAAAUAUUUCAAAAUAUAAACCAGUAAAAAUAAAUUCUUUAAGUAAUCACCCCUACGUUUGCAACAAUUCAGAUGUUAUGCCCGAUCCAAAAAAAAUAUAUGGUCAUUUUCGAACUAAACUUGUAGCAAAAAUUCCAAUAAAUAACACGACUAUAUCUGGAAAAAAUUGGUUGAAAAGGGAAGAAAUUUUAAGUUUGAAAUUUUCUUGCAAUGGAUCUUCGCCCUUGGAAUACUGCAUACAUUUGAUGAAUGGGCCAUACAAUGUUACCGGAAAUGAGACGUGCAGUACCUGGAUUUCGCUGAAGGCUUGUGAAAUUCCAUUCAAACGAUAUUGCUCAGGCCAAAGUAAAACAGUACUGUUUGUUGUCAAAAAUCCGAUAAGUAAAGUUGUAACGCAAGCAACAAUAAAUUUCUAUGAAGCGAAAAAACAAACACAGUUAUCCGUAAUAGUUGUUCCAGUUACGUUUUGCUUAGCGGCUGUUAUCACAGUAGUAUUCGGAGUUGCUUAUUACAUUCAUAAUAGAGAGAGGUUUUCGGUUGAAGUUGCAGAUUUUAAUUUUGGCGAUACGAAUUCAAUUGAUUUAGAGUAUAAAACGUUCCAACAAAGAUUAGUAGAAAGUUUUAGAGAAUCUGUACGAUGGCCUUGGCAGUUUAGAAGGAAUUCAGAACAAGAUCUCGUCACAAAUGAAGACAAUAAUUUAAGAUAUGGUCCUAUGUCAUAAAAUAACUCACGUCAUUAUAACUUCAUUUUUCUAUGUUAUGUUCAUUUUUUAAAUGAUUUUUCGCUGCAUUAAUAUAUCCGAUCAAUAAAUGGAUUUAUAUUUCCAAAUUAAGAUUUUAUUAUAAUUAUUAAGGUUAAGUGUUAGAAAUGUGAUGCUAAUAGACUUGGAAAGAAGGAAAUUGUUGUAAUUUUAAAAUUAAAUAAUAAUUAUUAAAAUAUACGUACAUUAAUAUAAAAUAUUGUUUUUGUACCAUUUAAGUAAUAAAUUUCAAAAUUUAUUUUUAAAUAAAGUUAUGCAUACUUGAAAACUUUAGUUUAGCAGGUUUAAACAUCAUAAAUUUGUAUUAUUUUAUAAUAUUUUAUAAUUGUCAUUAUAUAUGUACGAUUAGAAUAU